AGGGGCAUGGAGGCCUCCCGAGCGGUCGCGGAAGCCGAGGCCUUAAGCCCAGAGCAGGCUGCCCGUUACCUGAGAUAUGUGAAAGAGGCCAAAGAAGCAACCAAGAAUGGAGAUCUGGAAGAAGCAUUUAAACUUUUCAAUUUGGCAAAGGACAUUUUUCCCAAUGAAAAAGUGAUGAGCAGAAUCCAAAAAAUACAGGAAGCCCUGGAGGAGUUGGCAGAACAUGAAGAUGAUGAAUUCACAGAUGUGUGCAACUCUGGACUGCUGCUUUAUCGAGAACUGCACAACCAACUGUUUGAAUACCAGAAGGAAGGCAUAGCUUUCCUCUAUAGCCUAUAUAGGGAUGGAAGAAAAGGUGGUAUCUUGGCAGAUGAUAUGGGAUUAGGGAAGACUGUUCAGAUCAUCGCUUUCCUCUCUGGUAUGUUUGAUGCUUCACUUGUGAAUCAUGUGCUGCUGAUCAUGCCAACCAAUCUGAUUAACAUGUGGAUAAAAGAAUUUGCCAAGUGGACUCCAGGAAUGAGAGUCAAAACCUUUCAUGGUCCUAGCAAGGAUGAACGUACCAGAAACCUCAAUCGGAUUCAGCAAAGGAAUGGUGUCAUUAUUACUACAUACCAAAUGUUAAUCAAUAAUUGGCAGCAGCUUUCAAGCUUGAACAGCCAACAGUUUGUGUGGGACUAUGUCAUCCUUGAUGAAGCACAUAAAAUCAAAACCUCAUCUACUAAGUCAGCAAUAUGUGCUCGUGCUAUCCCUGCCAGUAAUCGCAUCCUCCUCACGGGAACCCCAAUCCAGAAUAAUUUACAAGAACUGUGGUCCCUGUUUGAUUUUGCUUGUCAAGGGUCCCUGCUAGGAACAUUAAAAACUUUUAGAAUGGAGUAUGAAAAUCCUAUUACUAGAGCGAGAGAGAAGGAUGCUACCCCAGGGGAAAAAGCCUUGGGAUUUAAAAUAUCUGAAAACUUAAUGGCAAUCAUAAAACCCUAUUUUCUCAGGAGGACUAAAGAAGAGGUACAGAAGAAAAAGUCAAGCAACCCAGAGGUCAGACUUGAUGAAAAGAAUCCAGAUGCUGAUGCCAUUUGUGAAAUGCCUUCCCUUUCCAGGAAAAAUGAUUUAAUUAUUUGGAUACGUCUUGUACCUUUACAGGAAGAAAUAUACAGGAAAUUUGUGUCUCUAGAUCAUAUCAAGGAGUUGUUAAUGGAGACACGCUCACCUUUAGCUGAGCUAGGUGUCUUAAAGAAGCUGUGUGAUCAUCCUAGGCUGCUCUCUGCACGGGCUUGUCAUUUGCUGAAUCUAGGGGCUGUCAAAUUCUCUGUUCAAGAUGAAAAUGAAGGGGAAGAUUCCUCAGAUGUGGACCAUCUUGAUAAAAUUACUGAUGAUACACUGAUGGAAGAAUCUGGAAAAAUGAUAUUUCUAAUGGACUUGCUUCAGAGACUUCGAGAUGAAGGGCAUCAAACUCUGGUGUUUUCCCAGUCAAGACAAAUUCUAAACAUCAUCGAACGCCUCUUAAAGAAUAGGCACUUUAAGAUAUUGCGAAUCGAUGGAACAAUUACUCAUCUUGUGGAACGAGAAAAAAGAAUUAACUUAUUUCAGCAAAAUAAAGAUUACUCUGUUUUUCUGCUUACCACUCAAGUAGGUGGUGUUGGCUUAACAUUAACUGCAGCAACUAGAGUGGUCAUUUUUGACCCUAGCUGGAAUCCUGCAACUGAUGCUCAAGCUGUGGAUAGAGUUUACCGAAUUGGACAAAAAGAAAAUGUUGUGGUUUAUAGGCUAAUCACUUGUGGGACUGUAGAGGAAAAAAUAUACAGAAGACAGGUUUUCAAGGACUCAUUAAUAAGACAAACUACUGGUGAUAAGAAGAACCCUUUUCGAUAUUUUAGUAAACAAGAAUUAAGAGAGCUCUUUACAAUCGAGGAUUUUCAGAACUCUGCAACCCAGCUGCAGCUUCAGUCUUUGCAUGCUGCUCAGAGGAGAUCUGAUAAGAAACUAGAUGAACACAUUGCCUACCUGCACUCUUUGGGGAUAGCUGGAAUCUCAGACCAUGAUUUGAUGUACACACGUGAUCUGUCUGAUAAAGAAGAGCUUGAUGUGAUAGAAGAAUCUCACUAUAUUCAACAAAGGGUUCAGAAAGCUCAAUUCCUUGUUGGAUUAGAGUCUCAAAAUACAGAAAUGGAAAGACAAAGAGCUGGAAUUGAAGGGAUCUGGCUGAGGGAACCUGUAUUUCCUUCUGAAACAAGGAAGAAAUGCCCUGCAUUGAAUAAACCACAGCCUCAGCCUUCACGUCUUCUAACUACUCUUCAUAGCCAGGAAGAAGAAAUCAGUUCCCAAAUGGCAAGUGUAAUUAUUGAUGACCUGCUGGAAGAGAGUGAGAAACAAGAUCUCUCCAGUAUGAAGAUGAACGUUACUGUCCUGCAAGAUGGUAGGCACCCACGUGAAAGUACAUUUGAUGCUGACUUGGUAGCUACUUCACCCAAGGGGUGUGGGAGUGUAGGAGAAAUCUGGAGCGACUCUUUAUCAGGAAUGGCUCUACAAAAAGAGGCAUCGCGAGAGGGGCCUACGAAGGAGGCACUGCAUGAUAACCCUCUGGGAAGUUUUAAUUAUUUGCUUAGCAAAUCAGUCAGAGCUGAUCUUGGGCCAAAUCUAGAUCAAGUAAAGGAUGAUGAGAUUUUAAAUCCCUGGAGUCGCUGGCCCGUUAAUCCCAUCACAAGUGAAAAUCAAAAUACAGAAUCGAAUGCCUCUGUUCUUACAAUAGCCGAUGAUGACCUGUCAGCAUCCCACAGUGCACUGCAAGAUGCUCAAGCAACUGAGGCCCAGUUGGAAGAGCAACCUUUAGCAUCUUCACCACAAUAUGUGUGUGAUUUCAACCUUUUCUUGGAAGACUCUGCAGACAAUGGAAAACUUUCCAGUCACUCUUUGGAGCAUGUUGAGAAAGAAAAUAGCUUGUGUGGCUCUGCAGCUGAUGCUGGAGCAGAGUUUGUGCCUAGCAAAGCAUGUCUCAGUGUGGAUCUUUCUGAGAAAGAUGAUGAGGCAGAAGAAGAAGUAGUUAAUGUGAAAGUCAGAAGUAAAGCUAGAAGGAUUGUUUCAGAUGGUGAAGAGGAACAUGAUACUUUAAAAGAUGCUUCAAUCACAAAUCCAUUCAACCUAUCUCCCUUUCAGUUCUCAUCUGUAAAACAAUUUGAUGCUUCAACUCCCAAAAAUGACAUCAGUCCACCUGGAAAGUUCUUUUCACCUAAAAUACCUGAUAGUGUAAAUAAGUCUAUAAACUCUAGAAGAUCCCUGGCUUCUAGGAGGUCUCUUAUUAAUGUGGUUUUAGACCAUGUGGAAGAUAUGGAGGAAAGACUUGACAGCAGCAGUGAAGCAAAGGUUGCUGGAGAUUACCUGGAGGAAGGAGCAGAGGAAAGCAGUGGCGAAGCCUCAGAGUGGACAGAAGAGGAUCCUUCCGGAGAAAUGUUGUCUUCAGAAAAGAAGUCCAGCCAGUUAGCUCCACCUGAGCCUGGUGCUCUAGCUCAAGAGCCCUCUUCUGACCCUGCGCCUUUGUCCAGUGGACAGUUGGUUGAUUCUCCCCAGGACAGGGCGGUGGAGGCUGUGAACGACUAUGAGACUCUGGUAAGGCGUGGAAAAGAACUGAAAGAGUGUGGAAACAUACAGGAGGCCUUAAACUGCUUAGUUAAAGCACUUGACAUAAAGAGUGCAGAUCCUGAAGUCAUGCUCAUGACUUUAAGUUUGUAUAAGCAACUUAAUAAAACUUGAGAAUAUAACCUGUGCAUUGUAUUUUAAAGCAAAACUGAGUAUCAGGCAAUUUGUUCCCAUAAUUGACUUCUUUGGGAAAAUGAAGCAUUCAGGCUUAAGGCGAGACACAUCUCAAAAAGCAAGUUUUUGUUUCUAACUUUUUUGUAAAUUCUGCCUUUCCCCUGUGCUCCCGCCCCCCUCCCCCAAUACAUAUAUUGUGUAUUCUGAGCACUAGGUUAAUAUUUCUUUGCUCAAAUAUGCUUAUUUUUUCUUUCAGGCAUACUCUAUAAACUUAAUAGAACUACAUUAUUCCUAGAAAAGUUUUUGUAAAAUUAUUCUGGCCAUUGUUAAUUUUAUU